AUGCAUGCUAAUGAUAGUAAAAUAAAAAUAUUUAUAAUUUAUAGAAGCUAUCAUAAGACAAAAAAUCAAGCAAUUGUAAAUACAAAUUUACCUACAAGUCAACAACAAUCCACUAAUUUGACAUUUCUGUCAGAAUUGGGACGUCGAGUUUUUGGUGAACUACUGAAUGAUGAUUUGGUUAGUGGCCAAAUUCUACAUAGAAUAGUGUUGCCAGAUUCAGAGCAAUUGAAUAAUUUGCAAUUGCAACGUAUUCAAUUAAUUAAAAUUUUGGUUAGCAUACCUAAAAUUGACAAGUUGCUUCAUGAAUGGCAAAACAAAAUUAAUAGUUUAGUCUAUAACUCCAUUCCAAA